AUGUCUUUUAUCAACAACAAUAGGGAAUUUCAUUUUGAUAGAGAUUCGAUAUAAUUUAAUCUUUUCAGCUGUAAUUAGCUUUCAUUAUGUAUGAAGUAUUUUGGAUUUACAUUUAUAAUAACAGGAUUAUAUAUUUUGAUAAGAACUAAAAUAUUCAUGAAUAAUAAUACUUAAUGGACAUUAAAAUAAAAAUAUUUAGUUUGUUUUGCAAGUGUUAUUAUUGCAUCAGGAUUUAUAUGUUUUUGUUUAUAUUUUGAUCAAAAAUGGUAUAGUAUUUGAAUAGAAUAGGCAUGAAGGAUUAAAUUACUUUACCAAGAUUCCUUUGUAUGUAAUUUUGGGUGUUUCAUUGAGUUCUUCAAUAUGUUAUUUGUCUAUAGACUUAAUAAAUUUAAUUUUUGGUUUGAGUUAGAAAGUCUAAUAUAGAACAAUAGUGGAAACUCCAAAUUAGAUUAUAUCUUUUAUGUUUAUAAGUUCAUUAAUUGGAUUCUUAUAAGGAUUAUUAUUUAGUUCUUUGGAUAUUGAAGUAUGUUAAAUAUAUAUUUCUAUAUAAAUAUUAGGAUGUAGAAAACAAAACAAUUUCAUUUCAAUUAAUUUUAUUUGAAGAAUUGCUAUUGAUUCCUUUUAUAUUGGUUUUAGGAAGUAUAGGAGGGUUUUUCAAUGAAUAUUUAAGAAUAAAGGGUAGCCAUUUAUAAUCUUAUACAUUUGAACCAAUCUAAGAUCCAUUUACAGAUGAAAUUUGA